AUGGGCCGCCGCACUUUACUCUUCAAACUUCCAGGAAUUCUCCCCGAUGCUCCCCGAAUCAAGACCUUGUCUCCUCAGGGUAAUUGCUGUACACCAAGAACCAUGGACUUUGCCGAACAGAGACUAUCUAGGAAGCGUGAUAGUCGGACGCGAGCACCUACAGCUUGUCAAACGUGCCGUCUGCGAAAAACCCGGUGUGAUAAUGUCAGGCCCAUAUGUAGCUACUGUGCGCAUCAAGGGGUCGAUUGCUCCUAUCCUGAAUCAUCACCUCGAUCUAGUCAGCCUAGCUAUGACUUUGCUAAUCAGGAGAUUAUACAACGUCUGGGUCAUAUCGCUUCUCUGUUGGAAGACAUCAAACAAGACAAUGGGGCAUCAACUGUUUCUUCCACCCGCUCUCUCAAAACCUCUUUCUUUGAGCUUGCUGUGAACUCCACCAGCCCACAGGGAGAUACGCUUUCCGGGAGCACUCUCCCCGGCAGUAAUAUCAGUAUUGAAAACGGUCCUUCGGAGCAUGACCCCCUAACUUUAUACACAGCCAAUUCUCCGGAGUGCAUGCUCCGCUGGCCAAUUUAUAAUCAGGUUAUUACGAAUGCGGAGAGAAUAGCCCGUUCCUACCUCCUUGACUCUCUGGAUGCCCAAGAUGAACAGUACAUGCCAUCUCCCCGACAAACCCCACUUCUCGAUAAUAUACAGGAUUUGUGUCAGAAGUAUUUCCUAUUGGUACAUAUGAGAAACCCUAUAGUUGAUACGGAGAAAUUGACGCGGUACGCCCGCGAAGUGACGAUACGGGGACUGGGGUGGGACGGACCAUCGUGCCAAGUGCUUCUUGCAUGUGCCCUGGCCGCUUGCGCGUCAUCAUUCCCUCCACAUGAAGUUCCAGAAGAUCUGGAUCGCAUGAAUCCGCCUCCAAUAUUUGACGCUAGUCUCGAGAGGGCCGAGGCUUACUUUCAUGCUGCUAAACAACGCUUCGGGUUCUUGCAUACCUCCCCGACGGAUAUCCAAUGCUUUCUCCUUGCUGGCGCCUACCAUAGACACGCCCUUCGACCCUUACAGGCUUGGUUCUGUUUCCAACAAGCCUCCUGUAGACUAGAGGUUCGUCUGCGGUCAUCAUGCAGAGAUCAAUGGACUGCAGAUGUGAACUAUCACAAUCUUGAGUCGAGAUUAUACUGGUCAUGUAUUCAAGCAGAGCACGAAAUGCAAAGCGAGCUUCCUCUGUGGAGCAGCGGUCUCGAGAGCCUAGGGUAUUCAGAUCCAUUUCCAACCUUUUCAAAGAGUUCACCUACUACUCCAGAUAAUAUGGAUGGGUUCAAUGAAUCUUUCCUUAAUCAAAUUACUGGCUCCAAUGAAGAAAAAAGCUGGAGAUUCUACAUAGGCUCUAUCUGCAAUCGUCGAACAGUGAACGAGAUGCUCAUUGAUAUAUGGCGAGAAGGCGAACGAGGCUGGGUAUCCAACAUCGGCGGUACCUUGGAAAGAACCUCUGGCGCAGUGAAAGUCGUAGCCUCAUGGCUACAAACUUGCCUUGCUGGAGUGUCCUCCGCAGGCACAGUUGAUCCAGACAUUGAACACUUCCUCCGAGGUCGAUACCACAUCUCUCUAGAAAAGAUUUACCGCCCCGCUCUCUAUCUUGCCCUGCACUAUACCUCACUACCAAGCUAUGUGCAUAACAACAUGGAACUCUCCCGCGAAAUAUUCGAUCAAGGCCAGAAAGCCAUCAAUAACUGUGCCCAACUUAUCCCGAGGCUAUUCUACCAAUUUCGGCACGAGUGGAUCUGGAACGUUCUGCGGUGCACCUUCGCUGCAGCUAUUCAAAUAUUGGGUGCUGUUUUGAGCAACGUGCAUUGUGUCCGGGGACAUAGUGGACUGAUGCUUUAUCCGCCGUUGAACUGGCCAGCACUCGUACGAGUUUCUAUUCGGACACUGAAGCUCUGGUCGACUAAUACGGCUGAUGUCACAAUUAUGGCAUCGACUCUGGAGAGACUGUAUAAUGGCACUUGUCAAUUAGCUGGUAUUAGGACAACUUAG